UUCAGAGGUUAAAAAUUAAAUUUCAAAAGAACAUCCCCUGGUGGAAGAGAGUCCACAGGAAAGCCGCAGACCCUGGCUGUCUCCAGCAUGAAGCCUGUCCACCUUCUCUUGUUACUGUUUUGUUUCUUCCCGAGCUCUUGCAAAAUUAACAGACAAAAACAAAGGAACAACAAGAAGCAUAUUCUGAUCUCAGGCACAGCUCAGGAGGAUCUGGUGGAGGAAAAAUGCUUAGCAGAAAAGUAUACCUCUCUCUCCUGCAGUAAGGUCUUCUGCCUCCCAUGGCAGAAAUGCAUCGAUGGCACCUGUGUCUGUAAACUCCCUUAUCAGUGCCCUAAGAAUGGCACCACGGUGUGCUCCACCACCGGGAGACGAUACCCAACCUACUGCCAGCUGAAGAGCUUUGAGUGUCUCCGUCCAGAGGCAAAGUUCUUAAAAACUGGACCGUGUACAAGUGGAGAACAAUUUAAGGUUUCCUUGACGUUUGGGAGUAAAGAGGCAGAAGGAGUUGUUAAAGUCAAACUUGUGGAUCAAGAUAAGGAAGCAUUCAUUUGCAGAAACACAUGGAGCAUCACGCAGGCCAAUGUGGCUUGUCGUGAACUGGGCUACCCUCAGGGUGCUCUGCGUAUCUUGAAAUCAUUCCACUUUCCUGAAGAAGUCUCCACCGACUCCACCGACUGUCUGCAUGUACGCUGCCGGGGGCUGGAGACAAGCCUGGCCGAGUGUACGUUCACCACCAACACCGACAGCUCCCCAGGCCUGGCCUCUGUUGAGUGUCAUAGGCAAGAUUCAGAACCUCCACCAAAUGACUCCUUUCAGUGUGUCAACGGGAAGCCCAUUCCAAAGGAGAAGACUUGCGACGGAGUUGAUGACUGCGGGGACCAGAGUGAUGAGCUGUGCUGUAAAGGGUGCCGUGGCCAAAGUUUCCACUGUAAGUCGGGUGUCUGUAUUCCAAACCAGUACAGAUGCAAUGGGGAAUUGGACUGCAUCACAGGAGACGACGAGGUUGGCUGCAAAGGAAUUAGACAGCCUGGAAUAAAAGGCCGUUCGGGUGUGGCUCAAGAUGUUUUGACUGACGAUAUGGAUAUAGGAACGGUUGAAAACCAUAAUGAUACUACCUCUUCUUUUCUUGAAGAAAGAAAACAGAUCAAGUCAUUUCUCCCCAAGCUCUCCUGCGGAGUUAAAGACAGCAGGCACCUUCGAAGGAAGAGAGUCGUGGGAGGAACCAAGGCCCAGUUGGGAGAGUUCCCGUGGCAGGUGGCCAUCAGGGAUGAUGAGAAAAUCAGCUGUGGCGGGAUUUACAUUGGUGGCUGUUGGGUUCUCACGGCUGCACACUGUGUCAGAGCCAGUAAAGCUCACCGGUACCAAAUAUGGACGUCAUUGGUGGACUGGUUGAGACCCAACAAUGAGCUCUCAAUUUACUAUGCCAAUAAAGUUAUUCUCCAUGAGAACUACAGUGGAUCCUCUUACCAAAAUGACAUCGCUUUGAUUGAAAUGAAAAAGCGUCCACACCAAAAAGAAUGUCACGUGCCUAAUUCUGUCCCAGCCUGCGUCCCUUGGUCUCCGUAUCUGUUCCAACCCAAUGACAGGUGCAUCGUUUCUGGCUGGGGCCGAGAAAAAGAUAACCAGAAAGUCUAUUCCCUUCAGUGGGGUGAGCUAAAGCUGAUAGGCAACUGCUCCAGGUUUUACCCAGGUCGCUACUACGAGAAAGAGAUGGAGUGUGCAGGGACAGAUGACGGUUCCAUCGACGCCUGCAAAGGGGACUCUGGAGGCCCGUUGGUCUGCCAGGAUGCCAACAACGUGUCUUAUGUGUGGGGUGUUGUGAGUUGGGGUGAAAAUUGUGGAAAGCCAGAGUUCCCAGGUGUUUAUACCAAAGUGGCCAAUUAUUUUGACUGGAUUUCCUAUCAUGUGGGGAGAUCUCUGAUUUCUCAGUACAAUGUAUAACAAAGCAUAGUGACCCCUCUCCUCCUGGCCCUGUUUCCCUCCGCAGUUCUGUUUUAGUUGAAUGGUAUUGCAUAAUGAGUGCUUUUCCAGAGGAGAGGGAAAAAGUAAAGUCAAUUUUAUCAGCUA